CUGGUACUGGUACUAACAAAGCAGCAAUUCAAGAUGAGUGUACUCUGACACCUUCCUAGACCUAAUAGCAGGAUUUGUUAACAUCCACUUUAAGAAGGAUUUAUAGAAAAGCCUUUGUCUUUUUGGAGCGUUGGACGUCUUGGUUAAAAGGAUUUACAUAAAAGCCUGUCAUUUUGGAUAGUUGGAUAUCUUCGUCAAGAAGGAUUUAUAUAAAAGCCUGUCAUCUUGGAUAGUUGGAUAUCUUCGUCAAGAAGGAUUUAUAUAAAAGCCUGUCAUCUUGGAUAGUUUGAUAACUUCGCCAAGAAGGAUUUCUACCCCUGUAUAAAAGCCUGCCAUCUGUUUCGUAAAUCUGUAAAUCUUGUCCUGACUAACCAUGACAAUGAACGUGUUGCUACAUGUGCACAUCGUUCUUGGUACAGUCAUCGUGUCCGCACUCCUGUUCGGACUGCUGUUCUUAACAGAGAUAUAUAAAACCGUAAGUGUGCCAAAGUUUAUAAUACCAUCACCAAAAUACAAAAAUCUUCACAAGCGCGGAUUUCAGGAACGUCGAACACAUCCACUGAGUGCAGCGAGCAUUUCGGAUGCAUCAAAGGAUGUUAAACUUAUUUUAUAUUGGAUUCCCAAUUCUAAUGCUUUUGACUACUUGGGGUUGAAAAACUAUCACACCUCAUUCGAGGGCUUGAAGUGUCCCGUGGGUAACUGUAAUGUGACGGAGGAUAAGAGUGCUGCCUAUGAUGCCGAUGCCAUCAUUUUCAUGGGUCCUGCGUUAGGUAAAAAACCAGGAAAACGGAAUCCCAAAACGCGCUGGAUAUGGACCAAUCACGAGAGUCCAUGUCACUCGAAGUUAUCCAGUGAUUGGACGUUUAACUGGACGAUGACUCACAGGAAGGACAGCGACAUCUACAGUCCAUACGGAUUUCCCCUCCUUGACAAAAACCACGAUGAAGCCAAGAAAAGGGACUACCUAUCAGUUGCCAGGAGCAAAACUAAAUUAGCGGCCUGGGCAGUCAGCAAUUGUAAUGCUGAAAGUCGACGUAUGCAAUAUGUGAAGGAAUUACAGAAAUAUAUGAACGUGGACAUUUAUGGGGGUUGCGGGUCAUUCAAAUGUGGACUCAACAGGGACAAUAAAUGUAGGGAUAUGUAUAACAAAACGUACAAAUUUUAUCUUUCUUUUGAAAAUAGUUUUGCUACGGAUUAUAUCACAGAAAAAUUCUAUAAAAUCCUCCCAUUGGACGUUAUCCCGGUCACACGUUCAGGUGCCAACUACACGCGUCUUGGCAUCCCUCCGUCCUGGCACAUAGACACACACGACUUUAAGUCUCCCAAAGAGCUGGCACACAGGCUGAAAGAACUAGAUAAAAACGACGUUGAAUAUGCCAAGUUGUUGCAAUCAAAGGCUGGUAUUCAAGUUUCUUAUUGGAUUCGUGCUUAUUGUAAUAUUUGUGCCAAGCUUCACUCUCCAACGGAACCAGUGAAAUCCUACAGCGCCCAGGAUAUACGUAGUUGGUACGGUACAUGCAAACCCCCUGAUGAUCUGAAGUUUAUAAAAUGAUUACUUUAUAAUUUGAAGAUUAAAUUAUCACCGGCUAACAGAGCAGUUUUUUUUACAAAGUUAUCAUAUUACUGGCAGUUGUUACAAAAUAACAAUAUUACGAUCGUUAGAUACAAAGUAAUCAUAUUACGAGCACUUUCUUACAAAGUAACAAUACUUAUUUGAAAAGCAGAGAUACUUCAGCAAUCAACAAAGGUGCAAUGCAGAAAAUGAAAUCAAACAUUUGGGAAAAGAGCAAAACGCCUCUCAAGGUAAAACAGAGGAGCAAGAUAGGUAUGGUCAAACCAAUCUCACCAGCUGAUGGGUAAAGAUAACAACAAGAUGAUCAGUGGCCUGUUCAUCGCACUCAGUGUCAGAUCUUAAUCUGAUAAUUCACUUCUGACCCGAUAAGUUUCUGAAAUUUGGCGUAGUUGGUAAAAUCACAAAAACUCGGGCAGAAGAAUAGAAUGUACUUUUAUUAUUGUGACAAUGGCAUUUCCCUGGCUCCUUGAAACUACAUGUAUUUAGACAACGUGUUUUUGAAGGACAACAAUUCCACCUUGCGGUUAGUGGGUGAUAACACGUAGGCCUACUGUUAGAUCAGUCUGGUGGCCUUCGAUCAGGCUUGCCAAAAGCUACCGAGGAAAACUUUAGCUUGUGCUCAACAACAUUGAUAAAAUGUUAUCCAACUACUUAUUAACCUUUCCGCUCGAUAACAAUUAAUAAUGAAUAAAAAUAGCAAUGAUAAUAGUAAUAACUCGUCAAAUGUCAAUUACUAGUACAUUUGUAACUGUUGAUCAAUAAUAAACAGCUUCCCGCUGAAUUUCCUUUUUGAAAGCUUGGACCAAAUACUUCUUAGUUCCCUAAUAUGCAUCUUCAUAAUAAGUUGCAAAUGAUCGUCCAUACCAUUAUAAGAUGGAUGGGUUCGUAUCCUCGCAUAAAAUGUUUAGUACACAUACGAGUGUCCUUGGAAACUUUUUCUAUAUUAAACUUCUCCCUAUAAGUAUUCAACAUAA